AUGCGUGUUACCCCGGUCAUCGCCUUCACGAGUUUAUGCCUUACUCAAGGCGUCAGUGCAACAAUUCUAACCGACUGUGUCAACGCUAUCAACAUCAUCAGCCCUCGGGUCUUCAUUGAGAACGUCCAACGACAAUCUUGCGAAGCCGGUUGCCGACCGCAUCCAGAUCACUGGGAUAUGUUUGGCAAAGAUACCAUGCGUGAGUUGGUAGAGGACGGUGCAUCACACCUGGGCAUUAAGGAAGGCAAGGAUGCAUUUAUCAACUUUCUGGAUAGCAUUUUUCAGGAAAUGCGCUCCAAAUGUGGGUCCAAAUUGGCCAACGCACAUGGCUGUAAAGACUCUCCGGAGUUGGAUGAAGCGAUGCGUUGUGUCGACGACUACAGCCAGCUCGCCAAGAUCCGCGCGGCGCCUCGUCUUCUUCCUUAUGUUACUGCAGAACGCUGCAGGAAAGUUGGCGAGUAUUUUCAGAGCUCGGAGCUGUGGGAGAAGAGCUUCCCGGCUUGCGGAAAGAACUACGUUUAUCACUGCCAUGAGCUCUGA